UCUGCCUAAUCCUCCAGAUCCUGGGCUGCAGCCAGAGGAAAUCUGGACCAUCCUAUGGAAAAGAGGGUUGGGAGUGCACAGGGAGCAGAGGCCUGAGGGUUUCCCUGUGCAGCGAUGGGAGCGUUGCGGCGCGCGCUGUUCGCGGCCUUUCUCCCCUUCCUCAUCCUCUCAGGACGCUGGGCUGCAGCUGAGAACAUCAACUUCCACAACAUCAGGCCUCCACUAGACCCCACUCCAUUCCCAAACAGUUUCAAGUGCUUCACGUGUGACAACGCAGUGGACAACUACAACUGCAACCGAUGGGCUGAGGACAGGUGGUGUCCUGAAAGCACGCGGUACUGCCUGACCGCCCACCUGUUCACGGCGCACGGCGAGAGCACCUCG